CCUAAAGGAAGGCAAAAUUGCAGACGCUCGAUCGUGUCUCGCAUUCCGGUGACGCCAUGGAGGGAAGCCUCUUAGCAACAUGCCCUUUGAGCGUAAGGCCGCACGUUUUCGUAGGUGAAAUGACCAUUGCCUCUUAUUAAGUCGUACUAUGCCCUCCCUCCUCUACAUUCAAGCCUCGAUCCCAUUCCUGACCGAGCCGCAUCCCUCGGCGCCAACCCCACGCAGACGAGUAGGAAUCAUGUCCUUCAGACGGUCGCCAUUCCUGAGCCUCGCUCUCGCACUUGCCCCACUGGUCGUCGCUGAUGACCACCCCUACGUCGCCGACUCGGUGUGCAAUUGCUACUUAACCAACACGUCAGAACGCUACUUCACUAACCACCUCUUCUUCGACUUUCGCAACCUCGGGCAGUAUGCGGGGGUCCCUGACGCCCUCGCCGAUUGGAGCGCGAGUGCUAAUGCAUCGGUGACAUCCGACUACUUCAACUCGGACGCGUGGACCUCGGUAUGGAGCAUUCAGACCUGGAACAACACAGGCAAUAAGGGCAACGAUGGCAACGACGCCACAGUCGACAUGGUCAACUCGGCCAACAACAUCUACAUCGAGCGAAACAAUGACCAGGACGCGUCGUCGGAUACCUUUAUGAGCAUGCGCACCGUGCGUGUCCAAGGUUUCCAGUCGUCUGCCGAGAUUGAGUCUAUCUCGAUGGGCUACCACUUUGCCUCCGUCCGGAUGCUCGCCCGCACCAUCGGCGCCCCGGGCGCCUGCACGGCGCUGUUCACCUACCGUGAGGCCGAUACCAACGCCGAUGUCCAGGAGGCCGACAUCGAGAUCCUGACCAAGGACCCCGAUAACCGUAUCCAGUACACGAACCAGCCGUCCUUCACCGCCCAGGGCGACACCAUCGACAAGGCGACACAGAACGGCACGAUGCCCCGCGGCACCUCAUGGCGCGACUGGGCCGUCCACCGCAUCGACUGGGACGAGAAGGAUAGCACCUGGCUCGUCGAUGGCUCGAAGGUCUCAAAAAUCGCCUUCCAGGUGCCCCGCGAUCCCAGCCGCAUCAUGCUCAACUCGUGGAGUGACGGCGGGUCAUGGUCGGGAAUCAUGAACAUCAACGAAUCGGCCGUCAUGCAGAUCCAGUGGAUCGACAUGGUCUUCAACACCACCGAAGAGUCCUCGCCCAGCCCCUCCGAGUCCUCCUCCUCGUCGAAGCGCGACGUCGGCCUCCGCCAGCACGGUCAUGGGCCCAUGGGUUGGCUCGAGCGCCGCGACGGCGACGGCGAGUGCCAGGUCGUAUGCAGUAUCGACUCGUCUGACACCCUCGGCCAGCCCGUGAUGCUGCACAAUGGGACGGCCCCUGGCCAGCUUCUUGGGCAAUCCAGCGCCAUGGCUUUCUGGCUGCCUGUGGCGCUCAUGUCCGCCAUGUUCUUCCACCUCUGGGCUUAAUCGAAGACUUUUCGCAUGUAAUUACGGUGGGCGCAUGGCAGGGAGGGUGCCGGGGGUUUCAAAAUGUAGCAUGUAUCUGUAGCGUUUGUCCAUUCAUGAAAGAUAUGACGCGGAGAAACAGUUUACCCAAUCUUCAUCUGUUCAACAAACUCUAUACCUCGCUAGAUUUUAGA